AUGGCCGCCAAGCAGACGCCGGGAUUGCGCCGCCUGAAGGGACUUGCCCAGUCCUUCCUGGGUGUUCGGGGAGCGCAGUCCCGGCGCGUAGGGGCCGCUCGGCGGGGGCCGCACGGGCAAGAUGUCUCCUGGCGCACGGAUAACCUUGCCGCUGCCGCUGCUCCAGCUCCUCCCCCCCUCCCUCCCAAUCCUGGCCUGGGCCGGCCAGAGAAGGGGGCGGAGCUCCGAGCCACCAGUGUUGGGGUGAAGGGGAUCUGGCGGGUGGCCUGCGCUCGACUAAGGGCAGAUUCCUCUGGGACCCUGGCCGAGGUGGGGACCUGGGCAUGUGAGAAUUCCUCGCCGUGGGGAAGGAAGGUCGGGGCUAGUCCUCCGACAGGCAAAGUCCAGGAGGCUGGACUGAGUGCCGUAUGCCCCCAGGUGUGUGCUCGGGCGGCCCUCGGUCCCGGCGCGCUCUGGGCCGCGGCCUGGGGAGUCCUGCUGCUUACGGCCCCCGCAGGGGCGCAGCGCGGCCGGAAGAAGGUCGUGCACGUGCUCGAGGGUGAGUCGGGCUCGGUGGUGGUGCAGACGGCGCCUGGGCAGGUGGUCAGUCACAGGGGUGGCACCAUUGUCUUGCCCUGCCGCUACCACUAUGAGGCAGCUGCCCACGACCACGACGGCGUCCGCCUCAAGUGGACCAAGGUGGUGGACCCACUGGCCUUUGCCGAUGUCUUCGUGGCGCUCGGCCCCCAGCACAGAGCAUUUGGCAGCUACCGCGGGCGUGCGGAGCUGCAGGGUGAUGGGCCUGGGGAUGCCUCCUUGGUUCUCCGAAACGUUACGCUGCAAGAUUAUGGGCGCUAUGAAUGCGAGGUCACCAAUGAGCUGGAAGAUGACACUGGCAUGGUCAAGCUGGAUCUCGAAGGCGUUGUCUUCCCUUACCACCCCCGUGGAGGCCGUUACAAGCUGACCUUCAUUGAGGCGCAGCGCGCCUGCGCUGAGCAGGACGGCAUCCUGGCAUCCGCAGAGCAGCUGCACGCUGCCUGGCGCGACGGCCUGGACUGGUGCAACGCAGGCUGGCUGCGCGACGGCUCGGUGCAGUACCCGGUGAGCCAGCCCCGGGAGCCCUGCGGCGGCCUGGGCGGAGCCGGGAGUUCCGGGACGGGCGGCGGUGCUGCCUCCGGGGGCGUGCGCAACUACGGCUACCGUCAUAACGCCGAGGAACGCUACGACGCCUUCUGCUUUACAUCCAACCUCCCGGGACGUGUGUUCUUCCUGAAGCCGCUGCGGCCUGUACCCUUCUCGGGAGCAGCGCGCGCGUGCGCGGCGCGCGGCGCGGCCGUGGCCAAGGUGGGACAGCUGUUCGCCGCGUGGAAACUGCAGCUGCUGGACCGCUGCACCGCGGGCUGGCUGGCCGACGGGAGCGCGCGCUACCCCAUCGUGAACCCGCGCGCGCGCUGCGGCGGCCGCCGGCCGGGCGUGCGCAGCCUGGGCUUCCCCGACGCCACGCGCCGCCUCUUUGGCGUCUACUGCUACCGUGCACCCGGAGCGCCAGACCCCGCACCAGGAGGCUGGGGUUGGGGCUGGGCCGGCGGUGGCGGCUGGGCCGGAGGCGCGCGCGACCCCGCCGCUUGGACCCCGCUGCGCGUCUAG